GAUGGCGGAACGAGAAGUGACAUAUGCCUGCAGGACAAACAGAAAAUUUGCUUAUGAAAUAAAACGUAGUCGGAUGACUUCGCACCCUUUUCUCAUUUUUUACGUUGUAAUGCAUUUUUUAACAAACACUGCUCUUGCAAAAGAGAAUAAUAGCACCAUAAUGUCCAAUAAGGUGCUUUCAACACCAGAAGGAAAAUCAUUUCAUGUCCCUUCAAAAAACAUUGUCACUACAUAUUCAAAGCAGGAAUUUGACUCUGUACAAGUAUUUUCAAGUGAAAAUACUAACGUCAUAACGUCAUCAAAGAGUUUGGCUUAUGAUAAAUCCUUACAUACCUCUCUAAUGUCAAAAAAUACGAACACAAAAUUUUCUAUGAAAAUCCAGACAAGUUUAAAUGCAAGUACUUUGAUUGUAAAAAAUAGCUCAUCCACCUCUUUAACUUCUUCUCAAGUACAUUCUACUACUGUUAAAACAAGAAGUACUAACUUAACAUCAAGAUUGUUGAAAUCAAGCAAUGAAGUCUUAAUUUCAACUCCAUUAUGUCCUUCCGUAAUAUACUCUGGAAUAUGUACACCUGCAUUGGUAAUAUCUACAGUAUAUUCAAUACGCAAUGUUACAUCUACAUCCUAUAUCACCAAAACUACCAAACUUGCAAGUCUUCCUGUGUUUAGUACAAGCAUUUUAGAAUCAUCAAUUCAGUCUUCUUAUGGCAGUUCUGCCCUGGAAAAAACUUCUAUUCAUGUAAAGAAUUUGUCCACUGCAGCUACAGUGGUUUUUAGCAGUGCAAUUAUUAUUGUUCCACCUAUCCAACAAUGUGAUGUAGCUAUAACAAGAUUUUCUGGUGCAAUAAGUAAUUUAACUGACUGUUUAUUGAUGCAUUUGCAUCCAAUGAGGCCAUGUUAUAGCUGUUCUGUUUAUUAUGAUGAGUUACAAAACUUGCAUACAUUGUUAUUCACAAAAUGCAAAGAUGUACUUGUAACUGAUUUUAAUGCUCAAUAUCAAGUUAUACCAAAAAUGUUUGAAUCCCAGGUUCAAACUUGGAAUGCUUUAGGCUGUAAAAAAUGUUACUUACAAGAUUCGUCAGAUCAUGAUGGUGCUAGAAUGAGUCCUCUUUUUAUAGAAUUUCUUCAUCUUUAUAAUAAAACAAUGGACUGCUUCGCUAAUAACACCGUUAUGAACACUGUUAAUAAUGUGUUUCAUAAUGGUUCUAAAAUUCAAGGAAAAAACACCACAAAGGUUUGCAGUAACUGUGCGAACCUGUAUAAAGAAAUGCAGGAGAACUAUAAAUAUUAUGAGGAUAGUGAGGAAGAAACUGGAACAAAAUGGUGUGCUGAUAUAAAUGUAUCAGUGAACAACACGCGCCAUUUAUGGAGUAACACGUACCAGUGUGGAACAAAGACAAAGGAUUUAGAAUCUAUUAUUGCGUUGACAUGUUUCUUUUGCUUCUUGCCUAUCGUCUUCUAUGUCGGUGCCAAGCUGCAUUCUGACGUUAAGGAGAGGAAAAGUGCAAAUCGAUAUAUUGAUUCUGAUUAAGAAAUGAAAUCCGCUUCUGCAGCUUCCUGUUGUUAACCUAUUGGCGAAGUAGAGUUGGUUGUGUGCUGAUCUGGAACAAAAUCUUUUCGAUGUUCACAUAUAUGUCUUACAUAUCAUUUUUAUGAAAUGUAUCAAUAAAAGUGCCUAAUUUGAAAGCUCUUGUUUCUGGUGUUCUCCAUUAGUGUCGGUGACAAGUCUUCAAUCUCACAAUCAACUUUUUAUCCAUCGAAGUCAAAUUCAGUUACAAUCUGCUGGAAGUUCUUUCCUGUUUCGUGAAUUUUAAACGACGACUGCUUGUGGAUUUUAUAUUCAUGUAGUCUGAUAUCCAAAUAUAAAAUAUAAUUUAAAAAGUCAAUAUAGAUUUAAAAAGAAAAUCCUUUUUAUAGAUUUUAUAUGAAAUGCGUUUUUCGUUAUUAUUUCUUAGAAGGAUACCUUAUGUAAUUUUUGUCUUUUGAUACAUAGAUUUAUUUAAGCGAUAUGUCUGAAAAUACAAAACUAUUUUCAGUUCAUUACCAGAGAUGGUGAUAGUGAGGUCCAACUUUCCUAAGAGGCUACCGCCUGCCCGUGUAGCUAUCGAUCGUAGUUGUAGUGGCAUAUUCCCUAUUUUUGUCCCGUACGCAUAACACAGUUCACUUCUUAAUCACAGCUGGGUAAUGUAAAUUAUAAUUUUUUUAUUUUUUUAAAGUAAAAAUAUAUACAGAAUCUUUUUGGUACUUUGUGUUUUGUACUGUUCUACAACUGUUCAACGUAGAAUUAUAGUUUAUUUAAUUCAAUGAUUGUUCUAUUUUAAUGUGAUGUCUUGAGAAAGAGAAUCUUCAGCUUA